UUUUCUUUCUUUGCCUCUAUCUCUUUAAUUCUGUCGUUACAAUGCAUUGAAACAUUUUAAGAAAAAUAAUUUUCUGCUUGUUCUGUAUAGCAACAAUACUCGUAUAGCAAGUGUGUUUUAUUGUCGUAGUUAAUCCUGAGAAGUGUAUCUAAAUUCCAGUGGCUUGUUUACAGUAAAUUUCUUUCUACACUCCUCUGUUGGGAGACUGGUAUUAUAUUUUAUAUUAUGGCUUUAGAUUUUAUUGCAGUGUGGAACUAGUAAUUUCUGCAUAAGGCCAAGAACUUCUCUGCUCAUAAUAUAAAAAAUUGAGAUUGCUCUUUGGAAUAACAGUAACCCUUUUCAGUUUCUAGGAUUUACAAGGUUUAAGUGAAUCCUUGCUCAUGUGUUUUUAAAGUAGAUUCAGGAGGAAACUAGAAAAUUGGUAUCUCUAAGUGAUGGGAAAAUAAAAAUGUGUAAAUGUUGAAAGAGUUUAAUUUAGAAUGUUGCUUGGCCAUCUCCCCCUUGGGUACCUUUUAGUGCGUGAGUAUAAUGUGCCUUGCAAGAGACCUUGGCCUUCUUAGUCCUCUUUCCCCGAUGUCUGGCAUUGCAGCGCGGUUCUUUACAGAGCUGCAAGUUUUGCAAGAGGAGUCACACAUCCGAGAGUGCGUGAGCUCUCCUUGCCCAGUUUAGUCAUGACAUUGAGCAAACUGACCCCUGCCCUUUUGUUACCCGCUUUUUGUAAUUUUGCUGAUGCCCUUUGUUUAUCCAUGUAGACUGUCAGCCCUGGACCAGUAAGCCUGCUUUACAUUGGGAUUUCCACUCCCAGAGGGCUUCUUCUCAAAUAUUUUCAGGAUUCCUAAUAUGUACUCUAACUCACUUGAAAUACUACUUCAUAUUUCUGUAUCCUGAAUACAAAUGCAAGUUAGUUAUUCACGUCCAUUUGGGCAGUCUGGGCAGGUGAAAGAAAGAGUUGGUUCUUUCUUCAUUUUCUUUACUCCUACAAUCAAGUUUUCAUUUGAAUUAAAAAUAAAACUUGGGGCUGGAGGUGUGGCCCAGUGAGGUUCGCGUGUAAGCUUUUCCUGGUACCAGACCCUGUAUGUAGGGCUGAGAGAAGAGGGCUGGAGGCAAGUGGACCUGAGCAGACCACCACUCCUGUGUCCACUUGUGUUUGACACUGAUUUCCUUAUACAGUGGGAAGUUUCUACCUUUUUAAAUGCACUCUUUACAUCUUUUGUACAGUGGGAUCUAUGUCUAGCUUAUGUACUGGUUCCUUCUUAUUUUCAGUAUGCUUUGGUAAAGUUUUUAAAUUAUGGGAAGCAUGUUUUUUUCUUUUGGUACUGGGGAUCAAACUUGGGACCUUGUGCUUUCAAGGCAGGCAGCGGAACCACUGAGCUAAAUCCCCGGCCCCGUUUCUAUUUUUAAAUUGCUGUCCAAAGUGCUUUCUGGAUGCCAGUUUAAUGGUUUAAGCAUUGGUGGGCACCAGUUCGCUAGAUGUUUUUUUUUUUCUUUUUCUUCUUUCUUUUUGCUGCCUGUUUAAAUUUUUAUAGUUACACUGGCUUCUACGGCAUAUUUAAGAUUUGUGGUGUUAAAACUCAAGAUUUUCUUCAAAUUUCUGAAUCUUAAGUUGACAUUUUAAUUUUUUAAAUUAAAUACUAUAGUUGUCUUACAGAACUGAAUAUUCUUAAUGUAAGUAUAAGCAUUACAAUUUUGGAAUGGUAAAGAUUUUUAGUAUUGUUGUGGAGGUUCAAGUUGUGUUUUGUUGACAUACAUGUCUUAGAAUUACCUUAAAACGAGCAUAAAAAGAUAAUGGGAGCUUCUGGUACAAUUUACUGCUUGAACAUGGCCUGAUAUCCAGUGGCCUUUUCUCUCUCUGAAACAUCUACUUUUCAUUCCUGUAAACUGAGAUGCUUGUGUUAUGUAAUUCUCCUUAUCUGCUUUUGGAGUUUUACACUGCUGUUCACAUAGUAUGAAGAUCUGUGAGCAUGCUAUGGGAAAAACCAGAUGGGGUUCAAAGUAUGUUAAUCAGAUGUGCCCCGUAGACUUCCCAAGAGUGAUGCUCUGGCAGUUUGUGACUAGUGGCUGAAUUUUGCUUUGGGUGAAAGAAGAGGAGCGGGAAGUUCUGGGAACAGGAUUGUAGAGGCCUGGCUUCAUCUGCCUGCCUAAAAGCUGCAGGCAGACCCAGUGUGAAAAGGGACAGAAGAGAACUCAUGCAGUGUACGAGCAAAUAGCCAGCGCAGUUCCCUUUCCAUGGCACAAGUGACAGAUGGGCUUUCCUUGUUUAUGCUGAUAAAGUCUGAGAUUUUUUACAUGUAAUUUUAGAUUUGAGAGUAACUUAAAUGCAUAUUUGUUGUAUAUCUAUGGCUAUAAUGGAAAUAAAAACUACUUUAUGUAUUGUUUAUGCAUAUUGUCUAAUAGAGAUGAUUUUGUAAUUCAUUAUAAUCUUGAUUUUAAGAAAUCAGUAAAAUGGCUACUAUUGCUAUUUUGGGGGUCUUUAAUUUUAUUUUUGGGGGGGGUCUUUAAUUUUAGAUGUAUGUUGUGUUUAACUUUUUCCCUGUCUUUUUAUCUUUACUUUUUUGUCCUCCACAUGCUGUGGUUAAACCCUUGCACUUUCUUCACCAAAACACGGCGUGUUUGACCUCAUCUUUGUAUUGAUGUUUAUUACACAGCACUACAAAACCUGCUCCACACCUGGAUGGUUUUUGAAAAAAAGGGGAAGAAACCAACACAUUCAGAAGACUCAGAUUCCUCUUCCAGUUCCUCUUCCUCUUCAGAAUCAUCUUCAGAAAGUGAAAUUGAACAUCAGAAAAAUAGGAGAAGGAAACAUAAGAGGAGGCCCAAAGCUAAACAUUCUAAGAGGAGACGAAAGGAAGCAAGCAGUUCAGAAGAGCCAAGGAGUAAACACACUGUGAGCCCCAAAGGUCACUCUGAGAGGAGCGAUACCAAUGAAGACAGACCAGUGGAUUCAAAUGCUAAAAGGGAAAAGCCUGUUGUCCGUCCAGAAGAGAUUCCGCCCGUGCCUGAGAAUCGAUUUUUACUGAGGAGAGAUAUGCCUGUUGUCCCAGUGGAGCCUGAGCCGACGAUUCCAGAUGUGGCACCCACUGUGAGUGAUCAGAAACCAUCUGUGUCAAAGUCUGGACGGAAGAUUAAAGGAAGGGGCACCAUUCGCUAUCACACACCUCCAAGAUCAAGAUCCUGUUCGGAGUCUGAGAACAACGAUAGCAGUGAAACUCCUCCUCAUUGGAAGGAGGAGAUGCAGAGGCUGAGAGCAUACCGACCGCCAAGUGGAGAGAAAUGGAGUAAAGGAGACAAGUUAAGCGACCCCUCCUCAAGCCGGUGGGAUGAGAGAAGCUUGUCACAGAGAUCUAGGUCGUGGUCCUUUAGUGGCUAUUACUCAGACCUUAGCACAGCAAGACACUCUGAUGGUCAUCGUAAAAAACGCAGAAAGGAAAAAAAAGUUAAGCAUAAAAAGAAAGCCAAAAAGCAGAAGCACUACAGAAGACACAAGCAGACUAAGAAGAGAAGGGCUGUACUAUCUGACAUAGAAUCUUCAAAAUCUUCCACUCAACAGAUGAAGUCCUCCUGUGAUAGAGAAAGGAGGUCUCACUCUUCAUCCUCAUCAUCACAUCACUCAUCAAAGAGGGACUGGUCCAAAUCUGACAAGGGCGACCAGAGCUCUUCUACCCAUUCCAGCAGGGACUCCCACAGGUCGGAGCCUCCCUCUAGGUCUUAUUCUAGAGGGAGCUCCAGAUCAAGGGCUGCAUCACGAUCCUCAUCACAUUCUCAGAGUAGAUCCGAGUCCAGAUCUAGUUCCAAGUCAGGGCACCGAAGGGCAGCAUCAAAAUCACCAAGAGGAACAGCUUCUCAGUUAAGUGACAAUAAACCAGUUAAAACAGAAUCUUUAAGAGCAACAGUGCCACAAAAUGAAAAUGUAGUAGUACAGCCGGUGGUAACAGAAAAUAUUCCAGUAAUACCGUUGAGUGAUAGCCCCCCCCCUUCAAGGUGGAAGCCUGGACAGAAGCCCUGGAAGCCCUCCUAUGAGCGAAUUCAGGAGAUGAAAGCUAAAACGACUCAUUUGCUGCCCAUCCAAAGUACUUACAGUUUAGCAAAUACUAAAGAGACUGGCAGUUCAUCAUCCUACCAUAAAAGAGGAAAAAAUUCAGAAAGUGAUCGGAGUGCUUAUUCAAAAUAUAGUGAUAGAAGUUCCGAAAGCUCACCAAGGUCAGGGAGCAGAACUUCCAGGAGUAGGAGCAGGUCUUACUCUAGGUCAUACACGAGAUCUCGUAGUCCAGCUAGUUCACGUUCCAGGUCCAGGUCCAGGUCUCCAUCCUCUAGGUCUCAUUCACGAGGUAAGUACAGCGAUCACUCACAGUGCAGUAAAUCGUCCUCGUACACUUCCAUUAGCAGUGAUGGGGACAGACGGGCCAGGAGGAAAUUUAGAUCCAGCGGGAAAAAAAGUAACACUUCCAGUAAAAGGCGUAGCAGCAGCUCUGAAAAGACACUGGGUGGUCGGCAUGCCAAAGGUAGAGACCGGUCUUCAUGUCAGGAAGGAAGGUGUAGCGAGAGCAGGUCGUCUGUAGAUUCUUCUUCAGACAAUGAACAGUCAAGUGGUCAGGUCACCCGUUCAGUCCAGGAAAAAGAGAAGCAGGGCAGAGUGGAAAUACUGAAUAAGAAGCAGGAAAAAGACAGAGAUGCAGAGAAGUCCAAGCCUGAACGGGAAUGCUUGCGUCCAAAAACAAGAAACUCAAAAGAGAAUCUUUCCGAUCACUUUAGAAAUGGCAGUAAGCCCAAAAGGAAGAAUUACGCUGGGAGUAAAUGGGACUCUGAGUCAAAUUCAGAACGAGAUGUAACUAGAACCGGUGCAAAGGGUUCCCGGAGGUCUUCUGACAAGGAGGAAGGGGAGGCCACAUCAGAUUCUGAGUCAGAGGUCAGUGCAGUUCACAGCAAAGUUAAAUCCAAGGCAAAAUCUCCAGUGAAUGCGGGGCUGCCUGACAGUGGUGCCCGGAAAUCCAGCAGGCAGCGGCCCUCGACUUCUGGUUCUGAGAGGUCCAAUUCUAACUCUGAAAACAACAAAGGAAAGCCAUGGAAGUACAAACACUCGACAAAGGAAAGUCUGAAAAGGGACCACACCAAGAAAGUGAAGGAGAAAGGGAAAGGGAAAAAAGACAAAAAGCACAAGCCUCCAAAACGAAAGCAAGCUUUCCACUGGCAGCCUCCACUAGAGUUUGGGGAAGAGGAGGAAGAAGAGGAGGAGAGUCAUGAAAAGCAAGUCACCCAAGAGUCAAAAGAAAAAAAAGAACUUCCUGAAAACAGUGAAACCGUAAAAAAGGAUGAUACUACUCACACUGAGAAAGCCUGUGACAAGGCCAGGCUUUCAGGACAACAUAGCACAGUGACUGCGUCAUCAGCCCUGGAUCAGCUUGCCGAAGGUGACAGUAAGCCCAGCAUGUGUCCCACAGCUUUAGAUCCCGAGAAAGAGAGGGCCAGUUUGCCCCGAAACAGUCAGCAUUUUGAAGAACAAGCCCCAAGCGGAGCGGAGGAUGUGCUUCAGACAGACGAUAACAUGGAAAUCUGCACUCCCGAGAGGAGCUCCCCAGUCAAGGGAGAGGGGACAUCCCCUCUGGCCAAUUCAAGGCUCAGCACCCCACAGAUGAGCAGUGUUCUGAAACAGGAUGUGCACACAGAACCUCCCGAAGCAGAAAGAGUGAGACAGGAAAGCAGCACAUCUGAAAAGAAAACAGUGGGAGAAGGGGGGAAACUGGACAGCAGCUCAGCCAGCACGGCCAGCGCCAGUAAAAGUGUCGGGAAGAGGGAGGCAGCUGAGAAGAGCCAGGGCCGCCUCUUGGAUAACAAGUGGAAGCCUCUGCAGGGUGUGGGGAACCUGUGGACCCCUCCUGCUUCCACAUCCAGUGCUGCAGAGGCGAAGGCCCUGACUGUUGUACCAGAGACGAAACCACAAGGCUUAAGGAUAGAAAUCAAGAGCAAAAACAAAGUUCGGCCUGGGUCACUGUUUGAUGAAGUAAGGAAGACAGCACGGCUAAACCGCAGGCCAAGAAAUCAGGAAAGUUCAAGUGAGGAGCAGACACCUAGUCGGGAUGGUGACACUCAGUCCAGGAGUCCAAGUAGAUCUCGCAGUAAAUCUGACACCAAAUCCCGACACAGAGCCAGGUCCACCUCCUACAGUCGCUCCAGAAGUCGAUCAAGAACUUCCACGUCAUCUUAUCGAUCCAGAAGCUACUCUAGGAGCCGGAGCCGAGGAUGGCAGAGCCGAGGCCGAAGCCGCAGCCGCUCCUACCGAAGCUACGACAGUCACAGGACAUCCAGCAGGAGCAGGUCCAGGAGCAGCUCGUAUGACGCCCACAGCCGGUCCAGCAGGUCCUACACUUACGACAGCUACUACAGCAGGAGCCGGAGCCGGAGCCGGAGCCAGAGGAGUGACAGUUACCACCGAGGAAGAAGUUACAACAGGUGGUCCAGGAGUUGUAGAUCCUAUGGCUCUGACAGCGAAAGUGACCGCAGUUACUCUCAUCACCGGAGCCCCAGUGAAAGCAGCAGAUACAGCUGAAAACUACCAUUUUGAUAUAAAUUAUAUCUUGUUUGUAAAUAUCUGGUAACUUAAACGUUUCAGAAACUUAAUGACAGUCUGUUGUUCUAUUUUGAUAUUAGAGGUGAAUUUCAGAGAUAGACGCUUGUCAGUUGCACUCCUUACGUACAUGUGUAGAAGUCUGCAGGUGUGUCUCCUAUAAAUACUUUUAGGCCACAUUUUACAGUAGCCAACUAUGGAAUUUUCAUUUUCUUGAAUCAAGAAAUUGUGAAAUUUAUGUAAGUAUAAUUUGUGAUAUUAUUUUGGAUAGACUGUCUCUCCCCAUCUCAUGUAUCCCUAGAGUACAGAUUCUUUUUGCCCACCUUUCAGGUUUUAGCAUACAUGCUGCCAAGCAGAGAGCUUCAGAGGAGAACUGCUAAGGCGGCAGAUGUUUAGCUCCCAGUCCUGAGCUAGGUCUGGUCAGAACUGACCACCUAGACUUCGCACUGGCGGGAGCCAGCGCGGCGCCUGACUCACCUUCUGUCUCUGCCUCUCUGGGGCUCAGGAACAUGGUCGUCCAUCAUGCUGCCUACGGGCGGCAUUGCUGUGGCUGGGGGGCUCCUUAGGAAGAAAAAAUCAGCCUUAACUAUAUAUUCCUGUACUGCCUCUGAGGAGUGCAUAUUGUACAUGCUUUUUAAUAUGGGAGUUUAGACUGUAGAAAGCGUCCUACUCCAGUUUAUGCUUCGGUGCUUUCUCGGUACCUUUCGGUGCCUCUUUAAGCAUCAUCUUCAUAAUGCUACACAUAAGAGAAUGAUGUUUUGUUAAAUACACUGGCACUGAAAGUUGUUUCUUCCACGCUGUCUUUGAAUACUGGAGGAGCUUCUCUCAAGCACAUGCAUGGACUGGGCCCAGAGCGGGUGAGCCUGACCCUAAGGGUGCAUGCCCAUCCCACUCUGGCCUUCUGUACCUGUGCUUUUGAAGGAGAGGGCUGAAGAGCAUCUAAAAAGCAGCACCAGAAUUUUAACUGCCACCGUCCUGGAGACAUUGUGAGGGCUUCAUGUGUGAGUCCUCCAAGGAAGGGAUAUACCACAGCAGGGGCAGGACUCUUCCAACCAGCCUGCUUUCCUGUUUCUGCUGGGUCCCCCGCCAGCUGCGUGAAGCCACGUGACCUGGAAAACCCAGGCCACAGCCUCGAGGGCUUCAGGGUGCCACAAAGACCCCGGUUUGUGGCUUUGGGUGGUUCUCCAAAAAUGACUCGACCUGUAAAAACUAGUGUGAUUUUUUUUUUUUUUUUAAUCUUUUGUUUGCAGUUUUCCCCCAAGUGUACUUAAUCACCUUAGUGCCAAUUUCAUCCAGUGACGCCGGGGAAUUCCUGUCGCAUGUCCAGUGUCAAAGUCUGCUCUCCUGCCCCAAGCCUUGGCCUGGGCUGUCUAGGAAAUAGCAGAGACCCCAGCUGGGGGGAUGUGACAGGGGAUGUGUCAGAGCUGCCGUCCAGGGCUGGGGUAGAGCUUUGCGGUGGAGCGAGGCCCUGGGCUCGGUCCCGGCAGGAGGCACAGUGUGUGAGCAGGGCUGGUGGGCCGUUGUUUACCGUGGCAGCAGACAGCAGUUCCUCAGAAAAGAACGGAGUCAAAGAUCAGGACUUGAGAGAGAAUAUAAAACAACGUGUGGUUUGUAUCGGGUUUUCAAAAGUUGCCUGCAAAGGAGGAUAUUGUUUUAAUAUAGCAGCUGGAGAGGAAAAAGGCAUUCAGAACAUUCUGAACAGAAACUGCCAGAUCAGCCAGGCGAAGAAGAGUGACUCUUGGCAGUGUAUUAGCUCUUUGUUGCCUUGUGUGACAAAUGAGCCACGUUGUGCAGCUUGUGGAGCACUCGUGUUGUCCUGUGCUGGGCCAGGGCUGUGUGGUCCGGCUGGGUUCUCUGCUUAGACUCUCCAAGGUGGAGGCUCGGGAGGGACUGCUUUGGGCUCCUCAGUCACGGCCAGCUCCUUUACAUCCCUUCUGCGUGGCCCCUAGAGCCCUUGGCUGGCAUGCUCCACAUCUCUGCCCUCCCUCCGAUCUUCAGGGGCCGUGUAAGGGCUGUCACAGUCGCGGGUUCUGGGGACCGGCACAGAGCGGGGGAGGGCACUUCAGAGCCGUGUGGACCUCGGGCAGCACCUCUACCCGUCACAGCCGAGGGCAGGUGGGAUUUUUAUCCCGGAAGGAGGCCCUAGAAGCCCGUUUCCCUCAGAAAAGGCUGGCCCUGCUGCAGUGUUGGACUUGUGGGUUUACUAAGUGAACUACAGAAAUAGCUUUUCUUCCUACAGGGCAUGGGUCUGUAUUUUGAAGUUAUUUUUUAAUAAAAUUGAAUCAUGUUGUGUAA